AAAACAAAAGUCGUGAAAAUGCAAAACCCAGAACCCUAGCCCUAGCCCUAACCUAAUACCAAAAUCUCGUUGUGGUGCUUUCGCCUUUUCUCUCACAUCAAUGGCCGACUCUGUAAUUUCGAUUCAGUACCUUAAAGAUUUCGUCAAUUCUCAAAUCUACGACGAUGAGAAGUGGGCCUUCAAUGCGAAAUUGCUGCGUGCUGCUGGAUUGUUUGCAGGAUCAAUAUUACUUAUGCGAAACUAUGGUGACCUUAUGGCAAUUUGAAAGUAGAACAGCAAAUUGUCUGCCAUGAGUUACUAUUAUCUACUUUAACAGUAAUGUGAUGUUUAGGCUUCUUUUUUUUCGUUCUUUUUAUCAGUAAUUUGAACAUGAAGUGAGUUUUUUGGUUUGAAGCUUUCGGUGAACGAUGGCAAUGCUUUUCCGAUUGGGUUAUGUUUAAUAGUACAUUCACAUACUAUGGCUACGAUGUGUUUGGUAUGAAAUACAGUAACUACUUUCGAUAUUCUUGGCUA